AUGGUUAUCAUUCGCUACCUCAAUGUCCCAGUGAUCAACUUCUUCACAUUCAGCGCCUGCGCUGCGGCCAUGGAUCUAGGCGUGUGGAGGACCCAGGCGAGUGACGUCCAGCCUGGCGAAGCUCGCUUGCUUCCGGGGCUGCCCGAAGCAAUGGCGAUCACAUGUUCCAAUCUUAAAAGGAAGCCCCUCAGGCAUCCUCGAGGUGGCAAAGGCGGGCCAACGAAGCCCGGCGACUGGCCUUCCUUGGUCCCAAAGGUCGAGGGCACGAUUGGGCUCAUGUUCAACACGUGCGCCGACCGGAGCGCUCAUUCAUCGACUACAUGGGGACCGGAUGAAGAUGCGGUCAGGGUGGGGGCCCGCUCUCCCGCCCGAAGCAAGAUGCGGAAGACGUCCGACUCGGCGAUCUCGGACGGUGAGAUCCGGCGAGCACAGACGCGAGUCGAACUGCAGGGAGGACGAGGUGAUCCAGUGGCUGGACCGCAAGCCGCGGCACUCGGUCCUAUACGUGGCGUUUGGCAGCGAGAUGGGCCCGAACGAGGAGGAGCGGCGCAAUUGGCCGGUCUGUUGGAGGAGUCAACCCGGUCCUUCAUAUGGGUCAUCGGGUCCACCAAGUACGGAGGGGACUUCUCGGACGACAUGGAGAGCGGGGGUGGGGACGGGGGCCCGAUCAUAACGGGGUGGGCGCCGCAACUCCCGAUCUGA